CUAGAUGCCUUCGCAAUUUGCUCAGACUGACCACCUUUUACUGACCGCUGUCGUUCUCUACUCACUCCUCUACUGACCAUAAUCCGCACUUUCUAUGCCCUCCCCGGUGGUCCCCAUGGGACCCUUCAAGCACGGCAUGGCAUGGGUCGCCUACCGCUUCACCUCUACGGUCUUGGACGAUAUCUGGCCGGGUGUAUUCUUCUUCACGGGCGUCGCAACCAUGGUGGUCUGUGUGAGCGAGUUCACAAGCGUCAAUCUGGGCAUUAACUCUGUCAUGUUGACAGUACUCGGUACUAUCGUGUCCUUAGUGGUCUCGUUCAAGACAAACAACUCGUAUUCCCGAUGGUGGGAUGGUCGUAAUAGCUGGGCCAAUCUGACGACCAUUUGUCGUCAACUUGCCAUGCUCAUCUGGAUCCAUGUCCCAAACACCCUCCCACCUAAAGAGGAACAACCGACGCCAACCCAGCCGGACUCCCAACCUUUAAAGGAUCCCCCGCCCACUCCCACUGCUACCGCCAAAAGCGACUCUUUCCGAUCCGUCACCACUUCCCCUACUCCUGUCCCAGGCCCUACGCAGAAACCCUCUGCUGCCACCUUUCAUACCGCGGCUACCGACCCCUCUCCAUCCCGCUCAGAUUAUUCCCUUAUCAGUAGCAUCGAGACUGAUUUGACAGGGUAUGAUAUGGGAGAUGGAUGGAAAGCUGCAAAGGGAGAAGAGGAUGAGAGGAUGAAGAAACUGGCAGAAGAGGUGAAAGAGAGGCAGAACCCACAAGUGAGGGCAGAGUUGCAUGGUUUGAUCGAGAAGAAGAGUUAUGUCGGUUUGGUGCAAGCGUUUGCGGUAUCUAUGAAGCACGCCCUCCGAGGCGAGACAGGUCCAUUUUACUCGGAUCUCUACUCUCUCAUCGCCUUCUUACCCAAAUACAACCCCGCGUCUUAUCCGCCAAUCACCCGCGACCAUCUUUUGGCAUUAUGGCAUAACGGACUCCCAAGGCAAAAAGCUAGUCGGGCAACAGAUGACAUCGCUGUACCUCUUACUGUCCCCGUCGCAUUUACUCAAGACGCUCUGAAUCAGCCCAACCUGCCAAAUCCAUUCUUCCUUGAUGAGGAAGAAAAAAGCGGUGGUGAAGAAAAGUUGUGGGGCCCGAGCCACGAAGAUUUUACGGUACAGGCGAUCAAGUCUGCAAGUGCCUUCGUGAAGACGGAUGAUCCUGAAGUCUUUGUGGUUACUUCGAAACGUGAAGGACGAAAGUCGAUCCAGCAGAGGAGGAGUAUCCGAGUUUCUAGGGAUAUCCUUCCAACGUCUUUGCAUCAAGGCCAACAUCAAAACCAAAGGGACAAUUCUUCCGAUGAACAAGUCACCCUGGAAACAGUCGAACUCAUGCCUCCUCGUCACCCACCGCCUCCUAAAGUAUGGGAUUUUUUCCCGCCGCUCAGGAUAUUCAAAGUCGUGUACGAUCUGUUUCGAUGGAGGAAGAAACAGGGGCAAGGGCAGACGGAGAGGACAAGGGGUGGAAAGCGAAGGAGGAUGGGUACGACGAUGGAGAUUCCUCAGGAAAUUUUGAUGUACCUCUCCUCCUACCUCGCCGAUCUCAACCGUCGAGCCAUCAUCUCCCCAACUACAUCCACAGCCAUCACGACCACUAUCCUCGAACUACAAAGGGCCAUCUCCGACCUAGAAAAAAUCGCGACCACUCCCAUCCCAUCCGCGUACACCUUUCACCUCCACCUCACCGUCUACUUUUACCUCUUCUUCAUCCCUUUUCAGGUUUACACUUACAUCGGAUGGGUGGCAAUUCCCGCGACAGCGGUGGCUAGUGUGAUUUAUCUGGGAUUUUUGGAGAUUGGGAUGCAGAUUGAGAUGCCGUUUUAUUAUGAUCAGAGUGAUCUUGAUUUAGAUGAGUUUGUGUUGAGAAUCUCGCAUCAGAUUGCUCAACUGACUGCUUUCCCAACGCAAAUACUUUCCUCCCACGUCAUCCUCUCCCACCUCAACCAGCCGUUCCUUCCCACCCUACGUACUUCAGCGCCCGAACUCCUCGGGGUGGACGAACGUUCACACCACCCUACCACCAAGGGAUUUGCUAAUGCUUUCUCAACUUACGAUUGCCCCGCUCCUUCCCUGUCAUCCUCCGCCUCGGUCAAGGAGAAGGAGGCAGAAAAGGUAGAGACCACGAGAGCAAUGAUGAAAUCGAUGCGGGAUAUCGAACUCAUACUGAACGCAAAUUGGAGGGAUGUGACGACUGAUGCGAAGAGUACGAUUGGGAAACCGAGGGAUCAGUUGGAGAACCGGACGGGUUUGGAGGUUGCUGUACUCAAGCUUUAG